UUACGUGGACAUGUUAGUGGAGAGAGAGAUGAUUUUAAAAGCAUUCAUGGUGGCCACGAGUUUGGAAUGACAAAUGAAGGUGUUAAGACCAUAUUAGAUUUGUUUUAGCUUAAAAUUCAUGGUGGCCAUAAUACAGAAAGGGGAUGGAGUUUGGUCGUGGGUUGAAGAAGCUCCAGGGUUGUUGAGUUCAGCUGGUCGUUGAGGUUUCAAUGGCUUCAAGAAGAUGCAAGCUCGGCACAGAGAAGAGCAGGAAGUUUGUAUGGAUUAGGUUGAGAAGGCAGUCGAGUGGAGUUUCGACAGAGACAAAGGGAUCUGGGCUUUCGCGUGCAUGGAGGUCAAAUAGCAGGGAGGACCGAACGAGAGCUCCGAGUUCUCGUUUUAACGAUGCGAAGCGAGCAAAUCUUCGCACACAAGCGACAAGACCAUUCGGCGCCGUUGCAAAGAAUGAUUACUGUAGCGGGAUAUUAGCAGGGAUACGGGAUGGGUCGUCGGUUACAGAGAUAAGAGAAAUAGAGAACAGAUGUACGCUCAACGUGGCAUGUGCUGAGUUGAUCAAGUCAUGUUACCCUUAAGAACAAAGGUCAACAAGCUGUCUGGGUCUAGCAUUUAAACCAACUCACAUCAAAGCUAAAAUCGCUGGAAGAAAAGGCAUACUCACUAAUGAACUCCACAAUUGAAGUCAACAAGUCUCAUAAGUUUAUUUUCUUAAUCCGAAUAAACUUGCCAAGCAUUCACCGCAAAUGUUGUCAAUGGAUCUCACUAUGGAACUAGCCAAAGAGUUCAGUAAAGGAAGCUCAAGCUCUUCCACAGAAGAUCUUAUCCUCACACCAUUAGGACUUGUCAAGAAUUACCAAACUAUUUAGAAAUUAUAUUGAAAGAUUAGGACAUUUUUUUCAACAACUAGUCCUAUGUUUUACUAUAUAAUUUUACUUAUAUUGCUUAAAUGUAAUCAUUCAAAUAGCAAUAAACAUCGAUCUAAACUGAUAAGUAGGGUCAAAUGAUAAAUAUGAUACAUUUUAAUUGGCUCAAAUCAUACCAGCUUGUGCUUUAAUACAACAAUAUAAUAAAGAUUAUCAAAGCUUCUGUCUUUAGUUUUCUCUCUCAAUCUCUCUUCUUUCUCUCAUGGCCUUGAUCUAUACAUGAUAGUAAGUUUCCAAUGUCAUUCAAUGAUAAUUUUGGAUAAAAAAAGCAUGCCUAGCAUCUAAAAUUUUAACAUCGGUGACAUUUUGCAAGUGCACAGGUUCAGUUAGGCUAAUGCUCAUAACUUUAUACCCUAACAACUCUUCCAAUCCUGGCUACAACAUGAAGUGGCAAAUCAUUCAUGCUAAGAAAAGAAAUACGAAAGUAAAGAUUACAAAUAGUGGACUGA